AUGGACAGCAUGAGUACAGAAAACAGCCAGAAUAGUAUUGUUUCAAGGAUCAAAGUUUUUGAAUCCCAAGGAACUAAUGAUACCUCAGGAUUAUCAAAAAAGCCAGAAAUUGCCCCUCGUUCAUUCACCCCAAGACCUGUUGCUGCAAAGAAGCCAGUGGUUGCUCCAAAGCCAGGGGUAAGCAGAAUUUCAGGAGACUGGGAUGCAUGGACAGAAAGCAAAUCAACACCUUCCAAGGAAUUGCAGCCUCAACCUGAAGUAGCUGGGAGCAGUGUUGUAACCAAACCUGAACUGCCAAAGAAGCCAAAACCUGGCCUUGUUAAAAGUAGUAGUAGUGAUUUUCUUGAUGCGAGGAGUGGAUCAGUUGCAGAGAACAGCGAUGGACAAAAGAAAUUUCCUGUUCCUGCUCCAAGGCCUCUCGUUCCUAAAAAGUCACGUUACGCAGAAAAUCCUGCCCUUUCUUUGGCCUCACUAAAACCAAUUGCUGCUCCUCCACGGGCUUCUGUAUCUGCCCAAGAAAAAGUUUUCAAGUCUCUGGGGGAAUUGUCACCUGCAGCCAACUCCUCAGCACCUGCUUUGCAAAAUAAACUAGAUGUGGAAGGAGAUCUAAUCAGUUUUGAUGAUGACGUUUUGCCCCUGAGUCCAGCUUGUGUCGUUAAAGAUAGCGUCAGUUCUGAAGCAGCAGCAGAUCCAUUUCAGUUCCUCACCAAAAGUGAACCUGCAAAGGAACAGACAUCUCAACCGGCUUUAGCCCGGAAACCUACUGUGAUCCGAAUCCCAGCUAAACCCGGGAAACCCUUAAAUGAAAUCCCGCAUCCUGCUGAAAAGCCUAUUGGGAACACCUCCGAUAUCACAGUUGGAAAACCCAACAGUGGUGACCUAGUAAAAAAAGUGGAGUUGGAUCAUUCAGAACAGGGUGGAGUGCUUCAGCUAGAACCUGUACUACCCCCAAGGCCUGUGGAUGGAAAAAUUACACCUGCUCGACCUCCCCCACCUAAAGGUGUUCCUGGAAGGCCACCUCCACCAAAACUCUCUGCAGCCAAGACCUCCUCCCAGAAGGAUGCUCUUUCACGAUCUACUUCUGACAUCGCUUCUGAUAAAAAACCCAGCAAGUUCAGACUGGGACCCAAGAGAGCAAAAAGUCAAGUCUUUAAAAAUCCAGAUCCAGCAUUACCUCCUAGACCUAAACCAGGUCAUCCUCUCUACAAUAAAUACAUGCUACCUGUGCCUCAUGGAGCUGCCAAGGACGAUUGUCUUCCCAGGAACACUGGAGGACUGUCUUGUAAGGAUUCAAACCACCCUGCAAAAGUUUCUGACACAAGUGCACCUCAUGCUGUAGUCCUGCAUGAUUUUCCUGCAGAGCAUGCUGAUGACUUGGACCUUCAUUCUGGAGACACAGUUUGUCUUUUGGAGAAAAUCGAUACCGAGUGGUACAGAGGAAAAUGUGGGAAUCGCACAGGGAUCUUUCCUGCCAGCUUUGUUAAAGUAGUUAUUGAUGUUCCAGAAGAAGGCAACAGGAAAAAAAUACCCUGUUCAUCACAAUGUGUUAAAGGCCCAAGAUGUGUAGCACGAUUUGAAUAUAUUGGAGAUCAGAAAGACGAGCUCAGUUUUUCAGAAGGUGAAACUAUUAUCCUUAAAGAAUAUGUAAAUGAAGAGUGGGCCAAAGGAGAGCUCAGAGGCACAUGUGGAAUUUUCCCCUUGAACUUCGUGGAAGUAAUUGAAGAUCUGCCUGGAACAGGUACAGGAGCAGCACUGAAGAACAAGGUGGAGGUUUCUUCUUCCGUUCCUCAGAACAACAGACGCUCAGUAGAGUGGUGCGAAGCACUUCAUGAUUUUACAGCAGAAACCAAAGACGAUUUAUCCUUUAAAAAGGGAGACUACAUCCAAAUACUGGCACAAGUAGAUUCAGAGUGGUAUAGAGGAAGACUGAAUGAAAAGGAAGGGAUUUUCCCAGCAGUUUUUGUUCAGACCUGCUCAGCCAGAGUAGAGAUGUCCCAGUCUCUAGGAGGGAAGAAAGGAAAAGCCAAAGCUCUUUAUGACUUUCAUGGAGAAAAUGAAGAUGAGCUUUCUUUCAAAGCAGGCGAUACAAUAACAGAGCUGGAAUCUGUAGACGACGACUGGAUGAGUGGAGAGAUACAAGGAAAGUCUGGGAUAUUUCCCAAGAACUUUGUUCAGGUUUUAAAAACACCAUGAAGUGUUGCUUCUCUUUGUACUCCCUGCAUGCGGGAGGGAAUAUUUUCUAUCCUAAAGGCACAGCAAAGACAUCAAUGUGUUUUGACUAUCAAUGUUUUGCACUACUUUUUCUAGACAGUCAUACUAGCGUCUUGAAGUCAAAUAAGAAAAUUUUAGUCUUUUGUGGCAGUGUAUGUAGUCAUGCUUCAUGAAUGCUCUGAGAGCAAAUACAAGCAGGAUUUUUAGCUGUUUCCAACUAGGGAAAUACUGUGGUGCAACACCAUUUUAACUUAAAUAGCAUUCUAGUAUGUUCACUAUCUGGUAUUACAUUUAUCAUGCACAAAGUCU